UUGACCGGAGUUGACGCCUCCCGUCAAACAACCACCGUAUUUCUCUGCCCCGCCGCCGGCGCUCUCCACAUGAGAACGCCGUCGCCCCUUGAGCGCGCUGAUCCACGGCCUCCGGCGAUGCCUAUUAAUUUCUUCCCGCCGCGCACCAGGCAGCACAGCAGCGCGACUCACGAGUGGCAAGCAAGUGCGAGCGAACAAGAGUGCACAUCGAGAUCCCUCCUCGACGGAGCAAGCUUCUUUCUAGUGAUCAUCAUGCCGACCCUGCUCUCCGCGAGGUCACGCCCCACCAGCGGCGUCGGCGGCGGUGCGGGGCCCGGGAACCGCGCGUGCUACGCCAUCGCGGGCUGCGCGGUGGCGCUGCUCCUGUUCUGCGCCCUCGCCGCCUCCGUAAGCGUCUGGAUGGCGUUCGCGUUCGGCGGCCUUGCCCUGGUCGCCUUCGCCGUCGCCGGCUGCGUCGAGUCAGGGGGCGCGCGCGUCGGCCCGAGCGCCGCCGAGAGCGAGGCCGAGGCCGCGGCCGUGGAUGCCGCGCGGGCGCGGCGCCGGUUCGGGAUGCCCAAGGCCGCGAUCGACGCGCUGCCGACGUUCGCCUACACGCCUGAAGGCGCCGAUCAGGGCGGCGACGGCGGCGGCGACCUCGAGUCCGGGGCGGCGGCCGGCGGCGAGCAGUGCCCGGUGUGCCUGGAGGACGUCGAGGCCGGCGAGAUGGUGCGGCAGCUGCCGGCGUGCAAGCACCUCUUCCACGUGGGGUGCAUCGACAUGUGGCUGGAGUCUCACCGGACGUGCCCGGUGUGCCGGUGCAACCUCUUGCGAUCGCAGCGGAAAGUUGCUGCAGUAAAAGCUGCUGCUGCUGCGGCGGCGGCUGCUGAAGAGGAACAGCCGGCUGAAGAUGCCUUGCCACCGGUGUAGACUUCUUGCGGCGCGUGCAUAUCAAAGCUUAUUUUAGCCUUAGAUUAGAGGUGACACAAAUUUUCUCUGCACAUAGCACGUAGAAUUUCAUAUAUGUACUCAAAGCAUAAUU